AAACGACUUAUAAAUACAAAAGAUUGAGCAGAAAGUCGUCAGUUCAUUUUAGACAUUCGAAAUGGGUGUUAAGUUAAUUUUCCUAUUGUUUUCUCUUCAAUUAUGGCACUUGUCCAUGGGAAUCGAAAUCCCUCAAGAUUUAGCCAAAUCAAGUGAUUUUUCUAAAUGUGUCAGCAGUUGUAACAAGUUCCCCCUUCAAAUUGGCAGCAAACUGUAUUAUAUUGAGUCUACUGUGAAGGUCAAUUGGUUUCAGGCUGUUAAUAACUGUCGCAAGAUUGGUGGAUAUUUACUAAACAUUGAUAACAGUUCGGAAAUGGAUAUUAUGGAAAUAUUAUUAUCCUCUGGACGUUACUGGACAUCUUCAAAUAACCUGUCUUCAAACAGUUUUUUAUCGCUUACAACCGGGAAACCUAUGCCCUAUAAUAGAUGGAAGGAGGGCCAGCCGGGCGAAAAGAGAGAUAAAGAAAAUUGUGUGGAAAUUGUAAAAGGUGUUCUAAAUGUAGAAGACUGCCAAACUUUGAUGAACUAUGUAUGUCAAGCAAAUAAACUUUAAGAAUAUUAUAUUUACAUGGUAUUACAAAAGAAGUGGUUAAUUAAAUAAAUAUAAAUACUUG